CCCUGACGUGGAGUUCUGUGGCUACUGCAUCACCCACCCCUCCGAGAGCAAGAUCAACUUCAGGAUCCAGACCAGAGGGCCCCUGCCUGCCGUGGAGCCCUUCAGGAAGGGGCUGAGUGACCUGAUGGGUGUUUGCCAGCACGUGCUCAACACCUUUGAG